AAAGAACCGGACCCUCUCCAAAGAGAGAAUCGUUCCUGCAACCCCGGAGACCAAUCCUCUCUCUCUCUCUCUCUCUCUCUCUCUCUCUCUCUGUUUGUUAGGGUUAGGGUUUCGGAUCCGAUGUCGACGGUAAUGGCGGCGGAUCUCGUGUCGGACGACGACCGGUCGGUGGCGGCGGACUCGUGGUCGGUGAAGAGCGACUACGGGAGCAACGUCGAGGACGAGCAGAGACACGUGGAGGCCUCUGAGAUCCUCUCCGGAGGCAAUUUCCCGCCAAGUUCAGAUUACAGUUCUGACAAGGAUGUGCCAGAUGCAAAUGAGGUUGAAGCAUCUAUGUUGGGAUUACAAAGCUACUGGGAUGCAACUUAUGCUGAAUGCCUUACAAAUAUUCAUGAACAUGGAAGUGCUAGUGAAGUUUGGUUUGGUAGCAAAGUUAUGGAUGCUACUCUGGCUUGGACGAAAGGUUUGUGCAUGAACAUAUAUCAGGGACAGAAUGCUGAUAACAGCACCAGUAGUAAAUCUGAAUUAACUGAUUCUGACAAUGGCUUGUCUAAUUUGAGUGUACUUGACAUUGGAACUGGGAACGGUCUGCUUCUGCAGGAACUUGCAAAGCAGGGGUUUUCUGAUCUGACUGGAAUUGAUUAUAGCAGAGCAGCAAUUAAACUUGCACAGGACCUUGCUGCUCGUGAUGGUUUUUCCUACAUUAAAUUUUUGGUUGAUGAUAUUCUAGAGAGUAAACUGGAUAAAAAAUACCACCUUGUCAUGGACAAGGGCACUCUAGAUUCCAUUGGGAUGCAUCCAGAUGGUCCAGCUAAAAGAAUUUCAUAUUGGGAGUCUGUAUCAAACUUGGUUGCUUCCGGCGGAACACUGGUCAUUGCAUCAUGCAACAACAUGAAGGAUGAGUUACUGCAAGAGGUGGAGACCCUAAACAGAAGAAGGAUAAGGGCUGAUGGACUACACCAAGAAGAAGGCGGAGAACCUGCUGUCUUCCAAUACCUUGAUCAUUUCGAGACAUCUCACGAUGGUGACGGAGGGUCUCAUGUGUUCCUCGUUGCCUUCGUUCGAAAGUGAGCCUUACAAGAGUUAACAUUGUACAGGAGCGUGAAUGAACUAGGUGACAGGAGCAGCCUCUUCUCUACGCUCUGGGUUGGUUGUGUUUCUUUAUGCAUUUCACCAAUUGUACCCUAAGCUUGUUGUUUAUCGGCGUUUUUUUUAUGGAUUGUGUGAUGGUUUUCUAAAGAAGCUUUUAGAAUUUUCCAGCAAUCUUCAAAGAUGCCAUUAUUUGCGGUUGAUGAGCUUGUAUUGUAUUGGUGAAUGUACUGAUGAGUGCAUCAGUUAAUCCCUAUAGCAUUAGUUUAAGAGGUUGUUUGGUA